AACACGUGUGCAACUCAUUGACAAAGAGAGUUUUCUCUCUCUUUCUCUCUCUAAAAUGACUAUAAUUUCUUAAUAGCUCCUUCAUUUGUGUCUUAUAUAGAUCAUUGACCAAAUUUUCCUUAUAAUCUUACCUUAUAAGCACUUUUACAUUGCUUUCAUACCUUGUUUGUGUGUCUCUCCAUCUGCAUCUAAAUCAAAUCAUUUCUCAUUGAUUCUCAACAACAUCUUAGAUCAAGACAAUCAACAAGCAUGUUUGGAUGUCAAGAGACAGACUAGACGAUAUAGCAAAGAUCAACUUAUCAUCAGAGGGAGAAGCAUCUUCUCAAAUGGGAAGGAAGAAUUUUUAUGGUCCAACUUCUGGGACAACCUUAAACACAGUAACCCCUUGUGCUGCAUGUAAGCUUUUGAGAAGAAGAUGCGCUGAGGAAUGUCCUUUCUCUCCUUAUUUUUCACCUCAUGAGCCUCAAAAAUUUGCAGCUGUUCAUAAAGUGUUUGGUGCUAGCAAUGUCUCAAAGUUGCUAUUGGAGGUACCUGAAGGACAAAGAGCAGAUGCAGCAAAUAGUAUGGUUUAUGAAGCAAAUUUAAGGUUAAGAGAUCCUGUAUAUGGAUGCAUGGGUGCAAUAUCAUCGUUACAACAGCAAGUUCAAUCAUUACAAGCAGAACUACAUGCAGUUAGAACUGAGAUACUAAAGUACAAAUAUAGAGAAGCUGCUAGUAACUUUAUUUCCUCUCAAGUACCAAUGCCUACAAAUGCAAACUCACAACAAGAUCUUUCUCAACCUCUUGUUCUUCCAACUUUAGCUCCUCCAUCUCCUGCUCUUCCUCCACCGCAAAAGGCAUCGGCUUCUCAAUCGAUUAUCCUUUCGUCGUUUUCUUCGUCUUCCGGUUCUUCUGUUUACACUCCAGCUAAAUCAACAAUGAGUCAUGGAUCUAUCUCUAGUGAAAAUAUUCCUUACUUUGUUUAGGUCUAUUUGAGUACUUAUUCAUUUUAUUUAGGAAUGAUUAUGCUUAAUUUUCUUACAAGUGUAGUUUAUAUUUUUCUUUUCUUCUCCUUUGUCCUUUUGAGAAGUUAUGGCGUAGGAAAAGAAAAGAAAUUAAUCCCACUACAUUCAUACGCUUUUAGUAGUAUAUUUUCUACUCUUUUUAUAAUUUAUAGUACUUUUUCCUUUUGUG